CUCUUCGGCCUGACUGAUUGAAAGUCUAUCGAAGCCUCACGUUCUGCAACCUGAUAUCUCUCGACAAACUAUAACGAACAGCUGUAUAAAUAUCCCUUCUGGUGCCCUGUUCAAUACUCUUCAUUCUUUCCCCUUCAAGCAUCUCAAUCAUCACUGUCACGCCUCACAUUCGCUCACCCUACACCAAACUCAAAAACACUCGUCACACCCACGACAUUACUCACAAUGUCGACUCGACAACUUCGCAAGCUGCAGAAGCAGCGAGAGCUAGAGGAGACUCAAGUUCUGGCAGAGAUGAGCUCAGGUGAGAGCGAUAAAGAGAAUGAGCCUGUCGCACCAAAGCCUCGCGUGAGUCUCUUUGCAGCUUUGGGUGGUGACGAUGACGACGAAACACAAGAUGAGGAUGAGGUGGAGCAACAACAACCCGAGGAGGAUGUGACCGAAGUCAAGCAACCAUCAACUUCAGGGAAAAGCAAGAAGAAAAAAAACAAGAAGAAGAAGAAGUCUAAGGCCAAGGCUGCAGCUCCCGAGGAGGAUGAGGACGAGAUCGAUAAGGCCAUGAGAGAACUCAACAUCAAGACAUCAACUCCUGCAAACACAUCUACCUCAGAGAACACAGCAGCUCAGACUCGACGAAUCAAUGAGCUUCUCUCUAUCAACCCGUAUCACCUCAAGGCCAACAAUGAAAUGCGAAGUCUCUUUGGCCGAGACGUCAUCGAGUCCGCAGCAGCAGAGGAAGAACAAGAACGCAAUCGUCGCCCCAUGCAGCGAGAAGUUGAUCUUGAAACUUUCCUGCGUGGUCCUCCUGGAGCCCCGAAACUUCCGGAGGUUUCCCUGCGUCGAAACGUAUUUAUCCAGGGACGUGAGCACUGGCCAAAACAAAGUGCUGGUGGCUUGACCAUGAAGGAGGUGGCAAAAGCUGAAGAUGGGUCAUUCACGGAGUAUGCAUACGUGCACGAGCAAAGUUACGACGCUCUACAAGCUUUCUUCUUCACAUGCGUGCAGAUCGGAGACCCUCAGCGAAUGAUCGUUCUCCUCAAGGAAGCACCCUAUCAUGUCUCGACACUCCUACAGGUCAGCUCUAUUGCUAAGCAAGACCAGAACCAGGCUCUCGCAGCUGAACUUUGUGAACGAGCUCUUUUCACUUUUGGUCGCGUGACCACAAAUGCCUUCCGUCAGAACAUUGAGCAAGGCAAAGCACGUCUUGAUUUCCGCCGUCCAGAGAACAGGCAGUUCUGGUUGGCUGGAUAUCACUACCUCAAGAGUCUCGUGCGAAAGGGCACCAAUCGCACUGCCCUGGAGUGGGCUAAGCUUUUAUACUCUUUGGAUCCAAGUGAUCCCUAUGCCAUGAGACACUUCAUUCAUUGGCUGGCUAUUCGUGCCCAUGAGUCUCAGUGGUUGAUCGAUUUUGUGGAGGAGUUAGAGAAGACGACCGAUAACCGAGACUCGAUCUACCUUCGACAGACAUUGAUAUUGGCUCACUUGCAACUAGGCAAUACUGCUCGUGCAACUGAAGAGCUCGAGAAGGGCAUGCGACGUGUCCCCUGGCUGUACUGUGGAUUGUUCCAGGAGUUAAACCUUGAUACACCUCCAUCUAUCUGGGGCAUAAACGCUGAUUCAAACUCGCGUUCGUUCUGGGUUAAGCUCUAUAUCUACCAAGCCAAGGAUAUCUGGAACAACGCACAAGCUAUCCCUCUCCUUGAAAAGACAGCCAAGAGUCUCGAAAAGGUUGAUACAAGUGUGCUGCCCAGCAGUGACUCUCCUCCUGAUCAAGGCGUCACAAGGCUUGUAUAUCUUGAGGGCCAGACAUCACUUAUGGGUCUGGCGCCACGAGAGUACUUAGAAAUGCAACCGAACUACGAGUUCGACCCUCUACCACCCCCUGAGGAGGAAAAUAUCUUUACAGGCGAAGGCACAAAGUUGCCUUUUGCAAAACAACAACGAGGUCAACAAAGUGCAGUCGAAACACGCCUGAACAACCUGUUUGAGCGCCUUGCGGCAGCUGGUCAGGGUGGUGCACCCGGCGCCGCACCCUUUGGAGAUGACGGUGAAGAUGAUGAAGAGGACGCUCAUCUUGCGGCCGUGCAGGCACUAGACGACGAAGAACUUAUGAGGGAUCUUGCAGAGCACGAACGUGGUGGAGGAGAUGCUCCAGGAUUUGUUCAGCGAAUGAUGCAUGUCCUUGGCAUAAUAGCCGGGCCGAAUGCUGAUGACUACGAUAUGCCAGAUGAGGCUGAUGACGAUCAGGAGCAUGAGCAUGAGCAUGAGCCUGAUCAGGAUCAGGAUCAGGAGAGAGGACCCAACAGUGGUCUUCCAGGGGCUUGGCCUGGGAGUCAGUGAGGCUGACUAUUCGCUGGAUAAUAUGGGACAUGGGGUUCAUGACGAUGGUGCAGAAGUAUGGAGUAGAGGACCCAUCAAAAGUUGCUAGACGCUCUUGGCUGAGCAAUCGCUUAUUCCCGUGGGAAGAAAGAACACAAACCAGUUUUGCUUACUGGACUGAAGGAGUGUUCAGUAGUCUCUGACUAGUUG